UAUAUUGCACGACACAUAGAAAUUAUGCCUUUAUUUUGCAGCUGGUAAUUUCUCAUUUAUUAAUCAACAUGUCAAAAGAAGUCAAUAAUUCAAGCCACACUCUGAACAGAUUGUUUGCGUUGUAUGAGAGACAGGAAUUUUCGGACAUUCAAAUUAAAGUUGGAAGUACAAAGUAUGCCACCCAUAGAAUGGUGCUAUGUAUGAGCAGUGAUGUGUUCAAGACGAUGUUAUCCAGUAAUACAUGGCCUGAGGGUAGAAGUAACCUUAUUGUGCUGCAAGAAGAUGUAGAAUGUGCCACCGUGUUUCCACUUUUCCUGAAAUAUCUGUAUAAAGGUCAGGUCGAGUUGGAUGUGAAUAACGUCCUACCUUUAUUGGCUCUGGCUGACAAGUAUGAUGUUUCAGAUCUGUCAAAGUCAUGUCUUGAUUACAUUUGUGAGAACUGUUUGCCGAAAUCGAAACAUGUUGUUAUAUCAUGGUUACAGUAUGCUUUGAUGUGUGGGUAUAACAAUGUUGAAGAUGUCUGCUUUCAGUUUUUGCAACGUAAUUUUGAAUUGGUGAUUAACUCUCCAGAAUUUAUUAACACUAGUAAAGAUGUAUUGCUGACUUUGCUACAAAGUUCAGACAUUGUUGUGAAUGGGGAAUACAGUUUAUACAUUGCAGUGAAAAGAUGGCUCGUUGAAAAUGAAUGCGAACAGGAAGAGGACACGAAAGAAUUGUUUAAAUCAAUCAUGAAAAACAUACGAUUUCCCAUGAUGCAUUUGUCAGAACUGGCUGCUCUUGAAAAUGACCCAUUUGUAAAUGAUCACAAAGAAUUUUAUCUGAGAAACAUCUUUUCGGCUAUGAAAUACCAUACAAUAAACUUUGAUACAGAGUACUUGAGACCACAAGAAAGGAGACGAUGGGGAAUUCAGGCUGUUCCGAGAAUCUAUGACACUGAAAGCUGGAGCACCACUAUAACUGUUGAAAACUUAGCGUCAGUAAAUCAAGGGGAAGUUCGUGGGGCGUUUUUUACAACGCCAUCAAGCUGCUCCGAUGCUGACCAACACACACAUUUAGACUGGCAUGUUAUGUUUUAUCCAAAAGGUGUCGUAUACGAUCCUUGUGUUGUGAUACGAGUGCGUAGUAAUUUGAUGAAUCCAGGUGCGGUUGUCAAGACAGUAAGACUUGCUCUUGCAACACAGUGUGAGUGCAAGCGACGAUUUCAAAUCACAGUGCUAGUCAUAGCAACAGAACAAGUGCAAGAAGAAUUUGUUUACUAUGCUAAUACAAAAGAUGCCAUAUUCGACAAGGGUCAUAGAUUGUUUAAUUUUGAAGAUGUCAUCCCUUAUGAUGACCUUUUUAAGUCAGAGUCUAAAUAUAAACAUGAUAUUGAUACUCUGAAAAUUAAGAUUAUUAUACGACCAAUGAAUGUGGUGUAUUGAAGAUGAUUUUGGGAGUUUUUAUAUAGUCAUGUAGGCAAAAUUAAAACUGUUGAAAAGAAUUUCUUGAAUCUUACCAUAUGGUUAGAUUAUGAUAAAAGAAAUAUGGACUUUUUUGCUUAAUUUAAUGGCAGGUGAUUCACAAUGAAAGCAAGGAAGCUUAUGGGAGCGGAAUGUAAUAGGAAGCAGAAUGUUUCUUUACCCUUCUUUUCUAAAUCUAUGCCCCUAUUUUUAAAAAAUUAUGAGUCCCUUUAUUCAAACUGGAGAAUUGUAAUUGAAAUAAAUUAUGGAAUUGCAUGUUAUAUUGUAUUAUGAUCAAUAAAAAGAAAAACUUUAUCCAGAAAUAAGAAAAAAAAAAUUUUGUAAACAUAUGAAUUAGUUAUCUGUCCUGGAAAUGACCUAAAAUCAGUUAACAAUUCUGAUUCAAUGGCAGAUAACUCAAAUGUGUAAUUGGUGACACCCAAUUUUUUCCACUUAAAAUAUGUCUGACUGUUAUCAUAGUCUAACAAUAUGCCAAGUUUAAAGAAAUUCUAACAGUUUUAAUACUGCCUACAUGUCUAUAUGAAAACUACCAAAAACGUCCUUCCUUGAUGGAGGGCAGAAGUUUUGAGGAUUUAUACAAAGCUGAUAGAUUUGAAAUUUACUUGUCCACACUUUGGAGAUACAAACAUGUCUGUACAAAAAGGGCUAUGUGACAUUGUUUGAGUGAGGAGUGUACAAGCAAAUUGUAAUAUGAUUUUAAAGUAAUCCUUUCCAUGCUUAAUUUGUAAACUUGCCUUGUUUAGAAUUUGGAAUUGUUAUCAUAAAGGGUUACAGUAUCAGAAAAAGACAAUUUACAGUUGAAUAUUUUGUUCAUGGAAAUCUUAUUCUGUUUAAAUAUAUUAGACAUGUGCAUUAAAUAAAUUGACAUGUUUCCUAUGAGAUGACCUUAAGAAUUUGACAUCAUUAAUAUUUUACAGGUUUUAAAAUUGUACUAGUAUAUUUAAUCAGUUAUAAAACUGUUAAUGAUCUGGUAAAUUUGAUAAUGUUUGAAGGCAUUGGUGUUUGCAUCAGCGUCACACUUUGGUUAAGAAUUUGCAUGCAAAACUGCUGAAGAGAAUCGGUCGAAACUUCACACACUUAUUUGAGAGCAUAAAAUGAGGUCUUUGACCAAGGUCCAUAACUCUUAACUCGGAUUUUUACAGAUUUAUGACCCUUUUUAGCUCACCUGUCACAAAGUGACAGGGUGAGCUUUUGUGAUCGCAUUUCGUCCGGUGUCCGUC